UAAAAAUGAUUAUUAUGAUAACUUAUAUUAUGAAAGGAAAAUAUAUUUAAACUUUUAAUUGAUUACCCAAGAGGAUAUUGAUUUGUAUAUAUCUACUUGAAUAUGAAUUUGAACAGUUAACAUUAUCUUCAAAUUUUUAAUAUAAUUUAAAAUUAUUGGUUACUAGCAAAAACGUCAAGAUGUCUAAUUACGUGUUGAAAGUCAAAUCAAAAGAAGGACAGCAUAUUUUAAGAGAUCUCAAAUCUUCCAUGACUCUGGGCGAUCUUUUACUGAAACUUUCAUGUUGUACAUCGAUAUCUAAACACAAUUUGCAAAUUUUAUCGGGUUUUCCGCCUAAAGCAUUAGAUUUAUCUGAUGAGAGUAAGACUUUAAAGGAGAGUGAUUUGAAUUCAGGAGAUACUGUUAUUGUUGUAAAAAAUAUUGAGAGUGUUAGUGAAUGUUCAAUUGAUCAAUAUAAAUCUGUUCCUGGUGUGCUGAUGAAAAAAGUGGUGCCUGCUGAUAAUUCUUGUCUUUUUACUAGCAUUGGUUACGUAGUUAAUGGAAAGAUUGAUCUAAGUAUUGGGAAUUAUCUGCGACAAAUUAUUGUGCAGCAUGUUUCUGCCGAUCCCAACACAUACUCAACAGCUCUGUUAGGUAAACCAAAUAAGGAAUACUGUCAAUGGAUUUCGAGACCCGAAUCUUGGGGCGGCGCUAUUGAAGUGUCCAUAUUGAGUGAAUUCUAUGGAAUCGAAAUUGCGGUAGUUGAUACUCAAAAUGCGAUAAUAAACAGAUUUGGCGAAGACAAAAAAUACAAUUCUCGCGUAUUUUUAAUAUUUGAUGGGAUACACUACGAUCCCUUGUACAUGGAAUUGAAUGAGGACACAUUACCUCAAACCAUAUUCCCUGCACAAGAUUUGUCGAUUCUGCAAUUAGCGCAAGAGCUAGCUGAAGAAGCAAAAAUAUCGAAACAAUUUACUGAUGUGAAUAAAUUUAAUUUAAAAUGUUUACAGUGUGACGCACUUCUAACAGGACAAAUUCAGGCACAAUCACAUGCUAAAGAAACUGGACACACCAGUUUUGGAGAAAUUUUUUAA